AUGAGCCAGGACACUUCCGAAAAGAGUGUGGUAUAUGAAGAACCAAUUGAUAUCCCGUUGGAGGAAGAUGACGACGAGGAUGAGGAGGACGAUGAGGUCGAAGAGCAUGAUCAGGAACACGAUAGUGUGAAGGAGGAAGACGAUGAAGAAGAUGACGAAAACAAUUUACAUGCUGCAGAAAUCUCAAGAAGUGCUACAGCUACACCAAUUGGCCAGAGAAAUCAUGUUGAGGACGAAGAAGACGAAGACUAUAAUGACGAGGACGCAAAGAGUCAAGAAAGAGCGAAGAAACAUCCUAGACUGGAUCCGGCAAAAGCUCCACCUGGUAAGAAAGUACCUUUGCAUCUCUUAGAGAAGCGGAGACUGGGCAGAAUCAAAGCUGCCGAAGAAUUCGCCAAGAAGUUGAAGCAAAUUGGUAUUGAAAAGAUUGAAAGUACCACAUUGCCUGCAACUGGUCUUUUCCAACCUGUCCUACUUAUCAAUCAGAAAAACUACUCCUCAGAUUACUUAAAGAAAGAUGAACAAAUAUUUGCGUUGAGGGAGAGAAAGACUUUAAGAAACAACACUCAAACAUCCUCGAUAAAUAAUACUCCAGACGUGAUUGACAUAAAGAAUACCAACACUGAAGUGCCUGAUUAUAUUGCCGCUGCCGAUGAAGACAUUGAUUUGAGUGAUGCAAAUACAACGCUAGUGAUACACCCCGGCUCCAGACACCUGAGAAUUGGAUUUGCAAAAGAUGAAGUACCUCUAGUGGUGCCAAGUUGCGUCGCGAUUCCCAAAACGGAACUGAACGACGAAUUUCAGGAGGCUCCAUUAAAGAGAGAACAACCUGAAGAAUUCGAAGAGCUAAAAUCCACUAUUCAGCAUAGCUUCAGAGAGCGUAUGCGCUACUACAAAAGAAAAGUUCCAUUUAAUGCCCAUGAACAAGUUGUAUCCUAUAACAAAAACUCGAAACCUCAAAUGAUUGAAGACCAGAAUGAUCCUGGGGCUAUAAAUUGGAUCAAAAAAUCAAGUAAGAGAUAUUAUGGUUCUGAAGCUCUGAAAUGUUCGAAAGAAACUUUCAGGAUUAGGUGCCCAUUUACUAAAGGUGGCUCUUUCAAUGUUUCAUCGCCGGAUUAUGCAUCCCUGCAGGACCUGAUAAACGAUGUAAUUAGUCUGUUAGAGCACGCGCUAUCUGCUGAAGGUCUCAAUCUGGAACGUGCCCAGUUCUCCCAGUAUAAGGUAGUGCUGGUGAUACCUGACCUUUUCCACAAAAGUCAUGUCGAAACUUUUAUACGGUUCCUUCUCACUGAAAUGCAAUUUCAAGCGGUGGCUAUUAUUCAGGAGUCUCUCGCAGGUUGCUAUGGGGCAGGUCAAAGUUCUUCUACCUGUGUGGUAAAUAUAGGAGCUACACAUACAAGCAUAGCAUGUAUCGAUGAAGGAACGGUUCUAGAAAAUAGUUUGGUCUCACUCGAUUAUGGUGGUGACGAUCUCACAAAACUCUUCGCCCUAUUUUUACUUCAAAGUGAAUUUCCUUAUCAAGAUUGGGACAUAAACUCUUCGCAUGGCUGGAUUCUAGCGGAGGAACUGAAGAAAAAGUACACAACGUUUCAAGAUGCAAAUGUCGCUGUACAACUGUACAAUUUCAUUAAACGGGUACCUGAUCAACAAUCUGAGCAAUAUGAGUUCAAAGUUUUUGAUGAAGUAUCAUUGGCCCCAUUGGCGCUAUUCUACCCGGAAAUAAUAUCAUACUUGCAUUCAAAAUCCUCUCAACAUAGCGGAAAUUCUAAUGUUGAAAGUCAGCUUCCUGCUUCUCGUGAUAUCUUUACAAACACUGUGAACGAUUGGAGAUCUUUGUCUCAGAGCGAGUGUCUCGAUGGAGAUUUGUAUUCCGGCAACAAUAACAAUCAACUGAUUAUGUCUAAGCUGCUAGACUUGCAAACAAGUUUUGAUGAUUUCCAAAGCAAACCGCCCAUGGAAGCUGAUAGUAGGAAAAACUACACGCCCUUAGAGAAGGCAAUCAUACAAAGCAUAACUAAUGCGAGCACUCCGAUAGAUGUGGCGAAAAUGUCAUCAUUUUAUUCAAAUAUCCUGGUUGUUGGAGGUGGCUCAAAGAUACCGGCUUUGGACUUCAUCCUCACUGAUAGAAUUAAUAUUUGGAGGCCAAGGCUGCUAAGUUUGACCUCAUUCCCCAACUUUUAUAAAAAGUUGGCAAAACAGGCGAAGGAUAUAAAAACUGCUGGCAAAACGGGAGAAUCUGAAGAAGAGGAUCAAUCAUCGAAAAAGAUCAACGAAAUGAUAAGCGCUGAAUUGCAAGCUUAUUGGGAUAGUAUUGAGGCGCAAAAUGGUAGCGAGCAUUUGCUCCCAGUGAAUGUACUUCCACCACCUCGUGAUAUGGAUGCUGCCGAGCUAGCCUGGAAGGGGGCGUGUGUUUUGGCACAAAUUAAGCUGGUUGAAGAACUUUAUCUAACCAGCACUGAUUGGGACAUUCACGGAAGUAGAAUUCUACAGUACAAGUGUUUAUUCACAUAUUGA